AUGUCCAGCCAUUUCAGGAAAAGCAACAUGAGCAACAAAUCCCUCCAACCCCCUCUCCACCCCAUCGCCAUCCGGGCAGAGCACAUCGCCCAACGCGAGACUGCUCGAAACGACGCCGACGGCUCGACCCUCUUCACUGUCACGGGCACCAAAUUCGGCGAUCGCUCCGCGCGCGAGUUCCGCGACCGAUCGGACCUGCCGCUCUUCGAGCUCCGGCGUGCGCUCGCCUUGCGACGGCCGCUGCGAGUCCGACUGCCGGGCAACGACAAGGAGGAGCUCGUCGAAGUGAACCCGAAACGGCCCUUGGGGAACUUUGAUCUCACGUUGCGGAACGCUGCUGCGACAGAUGCCAAGAAUGAGGCUGACAGGACGGUCACGCUUGAGGUCCAUCAGACGUCUCCCGCCUUCUGGUUGACCUUCGAGGUCAUGGCAGGUGACAGGCAGGUGGUCGACGUGCGCGAGAGCGUGCAGAAGAAUAAAACGAUUGGCACGCUCCCCCAUGAGUGGCCCAGGUUGCCUCCGCCUCGGCAGGUGCUGGAUGUCCGGGUGGCAGAGGGGUCGAUUUGUCGCUGGCGACGCUGGUUGCGGUGA